AGCGGUCGAUCGCAGGCGGAGCGCAUCAGGCAUUAACGCGCUCUUGUCUAUCAAACUGUCGCUUCCGAAUUUCUGUCGCGUUAUUUGCCAAGUUACUUACUAUUUUCUCUCUGGAAAAUUGAAAGUUUCCAAUAAAAAAAAAAAGUAGAAGUAAAGGGAAUCCUCACCAUGUCGAUGGACUUGUGUUUGACCGUUAACGAGAGCUCGGAAAUGUCCACGUUCCAGGAAAAUUCCUCGGAUGUAAGCUUGUUCCCUCCGUCAGACUACCCUUUCCAGUACCAAGUAAUUUCUGUGAUAAUCGGAAUUGUGAUAUUUCUGGUGGGAAUGCUGGGUAAUAUCUUGGUAAUCGUGGUGGUCUGUAGGACGAAAUGUAUGCAUACGCCGACCAACUGUUACCUCUUGAGUCUGUCCGUAGCCGAUUGUCUCGUUCUGUUAUCGGCGACCCUUCCCUCCAUUCCGGAACCAUUUUUCCACACCGGGGAAUGGCCGUGGGGACGAGUUACUUGCUCAGUCCUGAUAUUUUUACAGUAUCUCGGUGUUCAGGCAUCGUCUUUAUCGAUAACCAUGUUUACGAUUGAGCGAUAUAUCGCGAUAUGUCAUCCGAUGAGAGCUCAAAGGAUGUGUACCGUACAGAGAGCAAAGCGGAUUAUCAUCGCUAUUUGGAUUUUUACGACCCUGUACUGCGCCCCGUGGCUUGGACUGACCGCUGUUGUGGAACAAGAAAAGACGGGGAUCCCCCAAUGUGUCCACCGUCUGGAGAGGGAGAAGUACCUGGCCUACUACCUGACUGACCUCAUCGCUUUCUACGUCGUUCCGUUACUGGUGUCCGGGAUCCUGUAUGCACUGAUUGCUAGAAUUUUGUUUAUCAAUACAAUGCCCCGAUCCAAGUCUGAAGAACAACACUGCACGAAAGAUAAAUGCCGAGUCAAAACGUCCACCUCCAACUCCAGAAAACAGGUGGUCAGAAUGCUUAUAGUCAUUUUUGGAGUGUUCGCCAUCCUCUGGAUGCCAUACCGGGUCAUGGUUGUCUACAACUCCUUCGCAUCCACUAAAUACCGCGAUCCCUGGUUUCUCCUGUUCUGUCGCAUCAUGGUAUACAUUAACAGCGCCAUCAACCCCAUCCUGUACAACGCCAUGUCCGUCAAAUUCCGGAGAGCUUUCCAAAACAUCCUGUGUUGUGCGAUUGGGAAGUAUAAGCAUGGAUCUGAUGCUUACUCUGAGUACACCACGGACCAGAGAGCCGCCAUCAGGCUGAACAAGUGCGCGGGGAUGGAAAGGUCCUAUCUUCUAAUGCCGCCCAACAAUAAAAAGACGAAUUCGUCCAUGGAGAGCAUAACCUUUACGGAGAGCGACGGCUGUAGGACCGCUAUAUGAGAGCUGCAUGUCAACCAUUCCAUGCUAAUACGAAAGACAGCUCCGGCCGCGCGGAAUAAGGAUGAUUAAUAAAAGUGAGAUAUGGCACGACCCCGGAAAAACCCUGCAAAUACAGUCAAUUUCAAGUUGAUUUAUUCUCAGUGAUCAGCGAGGAGAAAAUGGUUUUUGUUUUUUGGUUUUUUUUUUCUUUCUUGACCUCUUUGGGGAUGCGGGAGGAGCCAAUGUUUCAGAAGGAAGCGCUAUUGUGAGAUGUCGAACUGAUGCGAGCUUUAUGACACCAACUUUGACUAUCUGGUUAAUACAAAAUCCACAUUCAAUAACUGUUAUAGAACAUGAAUCUAAGUUAAUUUCGUUUAUGUUUUUUGUGAAAUAUGUGAAUCUAAGUUAAUUUCGUUUAUGUUUUUUGUGAAAUAUGUGUUUUCUAUUAAUUUCAGUUUCUGUGUUCUGAAGUUUAAACAAUGACAGUAACGACUAA